GAUCCCGCCGCUCUAUGAUCAACACCGCGUUACCAUAGCGACCAGACCCGACCCAACGGAAUCGGUGCUGUUGCUGCUGCUGCUCCUGCUCAUCAUCACUCUCCUCUCUUCGCCGAACGGAAGCAACAUCAGUAAUCAUGAAUAACGACCAGCAAACCACUAAAUCGGGUUUAAAAACCGGGUACCAAAGUAACAAUGGGCCGACCUCCCAGAUCCCGGGCCUGUCCACGGAAGCUGACAGCCUCCCAGAAGAGAAGGCCCGUGGAAGGAGGGUGGGGGUCAUGGAGUCUGACUCUGACUAUGUCAAACUGGCCAAGCAGGGCGGACAAAAGGGACUUCUCUGGCAUGAGGAGACUCUUGCUUCCAAACCCUCUCAGUAUACGCCUUCAAACUGGUUUGGCGACUCUGAAGAACCAGCAGACGACAAUGGAAACAUAAGUAACGAGGAUUUAAAAAAAAAUGGUGCCUCCUCCCGACUUAUGGCCGCUCCAUUCGGGACGGAUGGUAAUAUGGAAAAGGGUGAUGGCAACGGAGUGAAGGACGAUGGGAAGGACGAUGGGAAGGACGAUGGGAAGGACGACGUCAACAAUGAGCUGGAUGACGAGGAGGUUGUCAGCCCAACUGAUGACGAAGAUAUGAGCUCCUCCUUCAAAAAACUGGCCUUUGAUAAGAAACCUAACCCCGUCAGCAUGUCCAAGCUGUUGAGCUUCGGUUACGUUGAAGAAGAGAAAGCUACACCCGAACGUAAAUUAUCAAAAUAAACAGAUUGACCGUCUGAGACCGGGAAGAACACACACACACACACACACACACACACACACACACACACACACACACACACACACACACACACACACACACACACACACACACACACACACACACACACACACACACACACACACACAGAGAGAGACAGAGGAUACCAUUAAUUUCCCUCUGGCCAAAAUACGCCGUCCCUCAGCCAGUGAUACUAGUAAUAGACACUAUUUCCCUCAGCCUGUCACACCAGUAAUGAUACCACUUCCCUGAGCUUGUAAUGCUAUUAACUGAUUCAACUUUGCAUUCCUGUCUCUAUUGCUGUUUGCAUUUGAAUAAUGUAAGCUAAUGUUAACAGAUAACAUUAUACCAGAUAACAUUAAAACUGAAGAUAUGCCAGUUUUAUGCCGUUCGUAAUGAAUGUGAGAUGGCCUCCUAGUGCCUGCCAGGCCUGUUAUUAAUGCCCUAUAUAUAUAUACAUAUAAACAUAUGAAUAGCAACUCAUGUCCUUGAAGUUAUGCCUUAUAUGAUGAGCAGUAUGUGUGUAACAUUCGUUGGUUUGGUUCUCCUAUGUCCUAUAAUUGUCCUCAAAGCUCUUUUUUGGGAGAAAUUUCAAUAAAGUGUUUUGUAACCUU